AAAGGCGUGGUGUCGGGAUUUGACAUAAUUCGUACCCAUGGCCGGCUUGACUCGGCCGGACGAUUAGAUAUGCCGGGGCAAUCGCGGCUCGGACGGAAGGAGUUGUUCUGUUAUAUCUUGUUCUUUUGCUUGUGUCCAUCUCUCUAUCUUAUUUUAUUUAGGUGAUCCCAAGAAUCGAAAGCCUUGGCAGCUGAAGGUUGGAAGAACCCAAGCACUCCCUACCACCGAACUAUAUCCGCCCACCAGUAGGAGUGACAGCCGCCUGGUACCUGGCGUGUGCCUACAGGACCGGCACCACAUAGGCACAAAAAGCGGGAAGGGCAUGACACGGCCGCCGGCCAGCACCGGCAGCGAUAGGGAGAGCAGCAGCAUGGACCCGGAUCCAGAAAAGCAAGGCGGCAACGUCGGCGGGCCGACGCCCACGACAACCACGACAACGGUGAACAGCACGGAAAAGCACUGCGGCAGCGGCAGCGCGGCGCCGGGCCCCGGGGCAGACGACAGCCGGCUCGAGAGGCGGUCCUCAAGCGCAUCAUCGUCGAGCUCGCUGCGCGACGGGUCGACGGGGCCGGAGGACCGGCCGCCACCGGCGACGGGCCUGGGCCGCGUCGUCAGCAGGGUGCUGAGCCGGACGACGACGCGGUCGAGCUGGAACCCCGGGCCGCCGCCGGACGGGGGCGCCAAUGCGUGGCUUGCGGUGCUGGGCUCACAUCUGGUGGUCAUGAACACCUGGGGCCUCAUCAACUCGUUUGGCCUGUUCCAGACCUACUACGUCGGCCUGCUCGGGCGGCCGCCGUCCGAGGUGGCGUGGAUCGGGUCGAUGCAGGUGUUCCUCAUCUUCUUCGUCGGCACCCUCGCGGGCCGGCUGACGGACGCGGGCUACUUCCGCGCCGUCUUCAUCAUGGGCACGGCCCUCAUAGCGGCGGGCACUUUCGCGACGGCGCAGUGCACGUCCUACUGGCAGUUCCUGCUGGCGCAGGGCGUCUGCACAGGCCUCGGCAACGGCUGCGUCUUUUGCCCAGCCAUCGCCGUGGUCAGCACCUGGUUCGGCAAGAAGCGCUCGCUCGCCGUCGGGCUUGGCGCCUGCGGGUCCGCCACGGGCGGGCUCGUGUUCCCGAGCAUGGUGCGCCAGCUGCUCCCGGUCGUCGGGUUCGCGUGGACGCUCCGCGCGAUAGCGCUCGUGCAGCUCGCCUGCAUGUCGGCCGCCUUCUUCUGCCUGCGCCCGCGGGUGCCGCCGCGCAAGGGGGGCUCCUUUGUGGACUGGGCGAGCUUCCGGGAGCUGGAGUAUACGUUUUAUGCCUGCGGCUCGUUUUUUGCCUUCGUGAGCGUCUACAUCGCCUUCUUCUACGUGGCCGCCUACAGCCGCGACGUCAUCGGGUUGUCGUACACGGACUCGCUCAACCUGCUGCUCGUCAUCAACGGCGUCGGUUUCUUCGGCCGCAUCGUGCCCAACUAUCUGGCGGACCGGGUGGGCGUCCUCAACAUCUUCGUGCUGCUCACCGUCUUGACCGGGGCCGGGGCGCUGGCGUGGGCGGCGGUGCGCGACGUGGCGGGCCUGUACGCGUGGGUGGCCUGCUACGGCACCGUCGCGGGCGGGAUCCAGUCCAUCUUCCCGGCCGGGCUGGCCAACCUCACGUCAUCGGACCCGCGCAAGACGGGCGUGCGCAUCGGCAUGGUCUUCACCAUCGUCAGCUUCGGCGCCCUCAUGGGGUCGCCCGUCGCCGGCGCGCUCGUGUCGCGCAUGGGCGGGAGCUACCUGGGCGCCCAGGUGUUCUCGGGCGCAUCUAUGCUGAUAUCUGCCGGUUUCAUUGUGGCAAGCCGCGUGGCCAAGGGCAGGCGGCUGGGGGUUGGGCUUUGGGCAAAGGUUUGAGGGGAGAGUGUGAGUGUGUGUUUGGGUGUGGGAGGUGAAUGCGAGGGGAGAUCAGUCAUAGACAGGGCCAAGAGGGGGAGCGAGACAGACCCUCUGGCGAUAAAAUUAAUACUACAUACCUACUACCUACGU